CCGUGUUGAUGUCCGGGAGGGAGGGAAGAUGGCGGCGGUUGCUGCUGGUGGCCUAGUGGGCAAGGGACGGGACAUCAGUUUGGCGGCCCUGCAGCGCCACGACCCCUAUAUCAACCGCAUAGUGGAUGUGGCCAGCCAGGUGGCCCUAUACACUUUCGGCCAUCGGGCCAACGAGUGGGAGAAGACUGAUGUAGAAGGAACCCUGUUUGUUUACACAAGAUCAGCUUCUCCCAAGCAUGGAUUCACCAUUAUGAAUAGGCUGAGCAUGGAAAACAGGACUGAACCCAUCACAAAAGACCUGGAUUUCCAACUUCAGGAUCCUUUUCUUCUAUACAGGAAUGCCAGAUUGUCCAUUUAUGGAAUUUGGUUUUAUGAUAAGGAAGAAUGCCAAAGAAUUGCAGAGCUCAUGAAAAGCCUGACUCAAUAUGAGCAACUGAAAGCACGUCAGGGGGCUAGAGCAGGAAUCUCCCCAAUGAUCCUCAAUUCAGGAGAGGGCAAGGAAGUUGAUAUCUUACGAAUGCUCACCAAGGCCAAAGAUGAAUAUACCAAGUGUAAAACCUGUUCUGAGCCAAAACAGAUAACCAGUUCAUCUGCCAUCUAUGAUAACCCCAAUCUGAUAAAGCCAAUUCCAGUGAAGCCUAAUGAAGGACAUCAUCAGCGUGUCCCUCAACAAGGCCAGAACUUAGAUCCUGAACCACAACACUUAUCCUUAACUACACUCUUUGGAAAACCAGAUAAAACUGCUUAUCAGGAAGUUACAGAGCAGAAAUCACAACUGCCAUUACCACCGCAGCAGCAGCAGCAAGAAAAACCUCCCAUGAGACAAGGGGUAGUACGUUCCUUGUCCUAUGAAGAACCCAAAAGAAAUUCACCAACCCCAGAGAAGCAGCUUUGUCCAGCCAUUCAGAAACUCAUGGUCCGGGGCACUGAUCUCCAUCCAGUGUCAGAGCUGCCUGAAACCCGACUGUGUGAAAAUGGCAGCAUUCACCCUGCAGGAGAAGCUUUCACUGGUCUUUUCCAACCAGUGACCCCACAUAGCACUGAGACAUCUCACAGAGCACAAAAUACAUGUGGAGCUCAGAGCCUUUUAGAGAAACUUCAGGGUACCCCUGGAACAGCGAGCAAGAUAGAAUCGAGAACAACAGCACCUGCUAGUUCAGCUGCACCAGUUUUCAGCAGGACUUCUACUCCUGCAGCCCCUGCAGCACAGAUAAAGGGUAUGAACCAGCCCCAGCUGGUGUACUUCAAUGGUUCUCUUCCCUCUCAGACUCUAAGAAAAGAAGAAUCUAAAGUUUCAAGGCAAACCCUCCCCCUCUCUGGCAACCAAACAAGCAGUUCUGGAGUGAUCUCUCCUCAAGAGUUGCUGAAAAAGCUCCAGAUUGUACAGCAAGAGCAACAGUUGCAUGCAUCUACCAGACCUGCCUUAGCUGCUAAGUUUCCUGUAGUUACUCAGAAUGCUAGGACUCUGAAACCCUUGGAAUCCUGGAUUGACAAGACAUCGAAUGCAGAAAAACAGACCCCUCUUUUUCAGGUCAUCUCACCUCAACGCAUUCCUGCUACUGUGGCUCCUUCCCUGCUGAUGUCCCCUAUGGUAUUCACUCAGCCUAUACCUUCCUCACCCAAGGUUAGUGAAAGUGAGUUGUUACCACUAGGAAGCAAAGAACCCAGUUCAGCUGGCACCAGCCUCCUUCUACCUAUCCAGAACCCAGAGGCUUCUGUGAUUAACAACAACUUGCUGACCAAACUACAACUUCAGGAAACACUUCUGCAUCUCAUCCAGAAUGAUGACAAUUUCUUAAAUAUAAUCUAUGAAGCUUAUCUCUUCAGUGUCACGCAAGCAUCCAUGAAAAAGACUACUAUGUAAAAAGAAAACGUUUUUUAACUGAUGAUUUCCAAGAGACUUUUGGAAUUCCAGUGAAACAAGGUUCUCCUAAUGUCAAGUGUUAUUAUAUUAAAAUGUUUCUGCAUUUUUUAAAGAGUGUAUACUAUUAUGAAAUAAAAUGUCCUGGACUUUUUAUGAACAGUCAGUUUUUUUCAUUGCAUAAUGUAGUACACCCUAUACAAAGAAAUGAGUAGGUAGGAAAUAUCUUUUAUUCAGUUUACAUGUUAAUUUUUUUCCCAAUAUGAAGCCGAUGUUAGAAUAUGUCUCUCUAUAGGAAGGGUUGGUCUUUAAGUUUGAUUUCCUUUUUAUUUGUAGAUCUAAUUAUUCAUCAAAUAGUAUUUCCACAUGGAGGGUGUAUAGCCACUAUAUAUGUCAUUGCUCACACCCUUUUCAUAUCGCGUGUGUUAGAGGGGCCUGCCACUAGGUGGCAGUGUUAUUCCACAGAUUGACCCUAAUGAACUCUGGAAGUAAUGGUCUGACCUAAUAAAUCUUUCCUUUGAAAGGAUCCAAGAGCAUUUUGAAAGUCCAGCAGAUUUUGAAAGAAAAUUAUUUCCUUUUAAACAAAAUGGUAUUUAGAAAACCUUUCUGGACUAAAUUUUCAGCAAUACCUUUUUUUUUUUUUUUUUUUCCAGCUCUCACCAUUUCUGAGGUGUCUAUAAAGCAAAAUAGGCUUGUUUAUGGUUCCAGACAAACAUUGUCAUUUUUUAAACCAAUUGAGAAAGAGACAGUGGAAUUUUCUAAAUCUUUUCCUUAGUUUCUUAGAAUAAAAAGUUGAUGAUGGUUUUAGGAAUGAAACAAAAUAAACCAAGGCUUAUUAGUUGUGGCUUAUGAACUUUUUAAAAAUACAUUUUGAUAACUGUGUUUCAUAUAAUUGCUUUCCUUUGUAAUCUUUUGUAUUUUAUUUAUGUAUUUAAAAACAUUAUUGUGAGAAAAGGUUCAUAGCUUCACCAUUCUGCCAUGGGAUCCAUGACACAAAAAAGAUUAAGAACCACUUCUCUAACUAAACCAUGUAACAAAAUUAUUUUUAUUUCUACAGAGAUUAGGAACUCAUUCUUGAAGAAGUUGAGAGAGCUUUUCUUGUUUUGUUUAAGCCCACCGAGUGUCAGAAAAAUUGGUCUCUUUUAGUCAUCAGUAAUAAAAUUUGCAUUUGUAGACUGUUUUCUUCUAAAAUUGUGAAAUAAUCUUUAAGUAUUACUGCACAACAACAACAACACUUUAACAUCUUACAGAUGAUAAAAGGAAAAAAGGAUAUUAGGGUUCCUAACUAUUUAGGCUUGAAGUCCUGGACCUUUAUUUGGCAAUCAGCAAUAAUAAUAUUAACCAUAUUGCCUGAAUUUUAAUAUAUCUUUCUGAGCCUUAGUUUUCUUAUCUGUGAAAUAAAGGUAAUAAUCCAGGAUAGAUAGUACCAGAGUACUUACUUGAAUUGCUGUGAGGCUCUAAUGGGUAUUGAAUGUAAAACAUUCUGUAAACAUAAAUGCAUUGCAUAAAUGUCAGGUGCUGUUGUUCUUCUGAGAUGCCCAAAAUGCAAAUUAAUGGAGAUCGGAUUCUAUAUUAUAAUGCUUUGCUAUCUUACACAAUGUUGAGUUCAUAAUUUGUUGAUUAAUUAAUUGAUUGCAUGAAUAUGUACCAACUUAUGUACCUCUACUAUUUCCUGCAAGGAUGCUGAUGAGAACAUAUGAUAAAACCUAUUUCCUGAAUGUAGAUACUAAGACACAGACCUACAGUCAGCUGUAUUUAGUCUAGUCCAGCAUUCUUUUUUAUAGAUUAUUAUAGCAUAUCUUCAUUUACUUCCAGUGAUCUCAUUUUGAUAUCCCUUUUCCACCUAAUUUUCCUAGCCUUUGUGCUUCAAUCUCAGUCAACAAACUUUUAAUAUGCCCUUGCUGUGCAAUUUCCUGGGUACUGGAGACAAUGUCAAGUUUAGCUAAGAUAUAGUCCCUAUCUUUUAGGAGCUUACAGUUUAGCUGAGGCAUUAUUCACUAAUACACUCAAAUAUACACUCUAGCAUAAGUAUAUUUUUAAAAUUAUAAAAGGCUAUGUGAGAUCUAAGGAAGAUUUUGCCAAUGGCAGGGAGAAGAAGGAGGAGAAUAAAAGAAAACUUUCUAAGGAGAUGGGUUUUAGAGAGUCAAUAGGUGCCUGUGAGAUGAUGAUGGGAAAGAAAGAGGACAUUCCAUGCAAAAAGUAAUAUGGAGAAGGUAUUUAAAAACUCCAUAUUGUAGAUGCAUAAACUAAGAGAUAGUCAUAGAGACCCACAGCCAGGUUGCUUAACAUAUAAGCUGAUCAAAUCCUUGGAUGUAUAAGAAUUCAAUUCAAGAAACAGAAAGUUGUCUUGUUUAGCUGAACUCUACCAUGCAUGAAGGGUACUAUAAUGAUAGGGUGGGUCCAACUUGUAGAGGGCUUUCAAUGUCAAAAAAAGAAACUCAGGAUGCAUAAUGAGUCAUUGAUUUUUUAGCAGAGUUACAUAAUUUAUAUGCAAGAAAAAUUAUUCUGUAAAUGAUAUUGGGAUCAGACUAGAGUGGAAGUGGGAAGACAUAUAAACGGAUUCUUGACAAGAACUAACACAAAUGUCUCCAAGGUUUACAAAGUUAUUUUUAUCAUCUCAUUUGAUAAGUGAAAUGAUAAUAUUUCAAUAAUGUGGGCAGCAUUGAAGACCUAAAAAGGGGGUGGAAUCAGAGGAUUAAGAAAUAUUAUGGAAAUGGAAUUAUCAGGACCUGGUGAUUAGCUGUGAGAAUUAAGGGAGAGAUUCCUGAUGAACCAAACUUUUAGAAGAGGUAGGAAGGAAUGAGAUCGGCCAUAGAAUUAGAGCAAGAAAGAAUCUUCUAGGCUAUGUAAGAGAAAGUAAGGUUCUCACUGAAGGGUCCAUAGAUAGUAGGUAGCAGAAUGAGGUUUUGAAACCUGGUUGUCUUAACUGCAUGCUUACUGAAGAAAGAGGGAUGGAAAAAGUAUGGCAGAGUUGAGGAAGUUUCUAUUGAAUGUCUUUUGUCUCAGUGAAUUAGAAGGGUGGGUCACUUCUAAUAAGUUCUAAGGGUGCAUGCAAAUAACAAAAGGAAAUCUGAAAAGGGUUAAAAUAAGUUGCUGUUGGAAAUAAAAUAAGGGGUUGAUAAGGAUAAAAAAUAGGAUUACUGGACAGUCAGAGGAGCUCAGCAAAAAUUAUGUUCCAAGGCAUUGGCUAAAAAUCAUUAAAAUGGUAAAUCACAAGGAUCAAGGAUGGGUAUGGAAGCAAGUAAAACCAGAAUCAGUUAUUAGACUAGAAGAAUAGUAAUGUUUUACAAUAAGGAUGGAAAACAGGUUUAAUAUAAAGACAGAGAGAGAUUGAAAGGAUGAGGACUUGUGGUUAAAAUGGAAUUUUAUAGAUGUCUGGAUCUUGAAAAUGGUACAAAUUCUAAGAAAUUAUUAGAUCUAAAUGAUAUUUCAUGUACCUGAAGCAGAAUGGAAGAGGUUUUGAAGUUGAAGGGUUGAGAAAUGGAGAGAUAAUGUUGAUAGAAGAACCAUUAACGUGAAUAUUGACUUCUCCAAGGAUGAGGAAAGGGAAUAGACUAGAGAGAAACAUCAUGAACUAGGUACUCAACUCAUUAAAAAAGAAAAGAAAAGAAAAGUUGGGUAUAAAUAAAAUGUGCCUGCAGAAUUUUUUUUAUAAUCAAAAAACUAACUGUAAAACUUAUCCUAAAAGAUGCCUAUAUGCAAGGUGAAGAUAAAAGAUCAUGGGCCCAGCUUUGUCAGACCUACAUUCUGUGCAGUACUUGGGCUUUUUUAGGUCAGCACUCCAGCGAUCUGUUUUUAAAAUCAUAAAUUCUCCAUCUUUUACUGGGAUGAAUCACUUUAAAAGUGUCAGCACUGAUUCAUUUAGGCCAAAGACUUUUUCUUUUUAAAGUUCUGGAGGUGAUGAAGAGGUCAUUCCUUAUAUCUAGCAAAGCAGGCAAGAACUUGGCUUUCUGGGGCUUAGAGUUUAGACUGAAAAAUCUUAUUUGGGGUUCCCAAAGUUAGGUAUCAAAGAUGAAUCACUACUAGUUCUGCCAUUACCCCAGUUCCCUUUACAGAUGUUUACCUUGUUCUGCUUUCAAGCUAAUUGGGUUUGGAUUUAAAGCACUAAGAUGUUCAUUUACUAAAGUCACCAUAGUCCAGUGCAAUAGACUUUAACAUUUUUAAGAUGGUGAAAACUUUGUACAUUGUUCUUAAUGUUCUAGGACGGCAGGCAUUUUGGAAAGGCUGGAAUAGAAGCUCAUUAAUGUCUACUCUAAACAUACUUUUAUGUCAAGAGACACGCACAUGUGCACAUACACACACACACACACACACACACACAAAAUGGAUUGCUUCUAUGCCUUUGACCAAACUACUUUACCUCUCUAAUCUCCAUCAACAAAGAUAGUAAUAUCUGCCUCUUUCUACAAUUAAAAUAAUGGAUAAGAAAGUAUUAUGAGUUUGUAAAAAGGGACUGACGUAACCUAAGACAAACUAGUAAAUGACUAUAUACUCAAUACCAUCUAUUUGCUUUCCAUAUUUAUGAGUAAAGCACCAUUUUAAUUGGAAAUAGAAGGCUGUACUAUUGAAUAGACUUUAUAUUCUGGGCAUAUUUUUCCUCCCAAAAUCUACAUUUAUUCUCCUGAUAGAUCACUAUUCCUGUGGUACAAGAGAGGGAACACUUGAGUUUGGAAUCUUUUGACCUACAUACAAAUCUUGGCUUUUCCAUUUACUGUCUAUAUAAUCAUGGGAAGAUUAUUUCUCUCUUCUGGACUGAUUCUGCAUUCUACAGAUGAUAUGGAGAUUGGUCUAGAUAACUCUCUCACAUAUACACCCAGUUAUAUACAAAGAUUUGGGGUACCCAAAGUUAAGAAUCAGAAAUUAGCUUUUUUGGUACUAUCAUUCUCCAUGUGUUCAAUGUUAUGCUGUUAGUCCAACUCAUAUAUAUAUAUUUUAGACACACACAGACCCCUCUAAAGUUCCUCCCAACAAGUGAUCUUGUAAUCCUACCCAUUGGACACUAAGAAAGAAAACCAGCAUUAAUUGUAUUCCCUUUUGAUAACUACUUAUGUGCUGCUCUUAACGCUACAAAAAGCAUUUUUACAACUGAAUUACUCUGUUAUUUCCAAAAGAUUCAGACAGAAUCAGGAACUUGAUUGGCUUCGUUGUGAACGUAAAAAUUUUUGAUAUCCACAAAUUCAUCUUUUGGUCACGAUUAAGAUUAACUAUUAUUUCUUCAACCUCUAGAACAAACUUCCUUUUUUGUUUCUGGAUGAAGAGAGGGAUCAAAGUAAAUAUAGCAUUUUAAAUUGGAUUGACGUUCAAAGGUACCUCAGGGCCUCAAUUUUUUAUUGGACUCUAUUAAGUGAAAUAUAUUCAGCAACUUUUUCUCCAUUGUUAAAGCAUAAUCCAUUGAAUUUUGUCCUAUAUGUACUGUGCUCUGCAUCAUGCAAAAUAAUCUAAACAUAGCCUUGCUUAGAGUUCAAGCUCGCUUACCUAAAUUUGCCAAUUAUAGAAAAAGAAAAAAAAAAAAUGUUGGAAUCCCAAACCAGUGUUGAUUAUCAUGGAAAUUCAUUUAUAUCCAUAUUCUAAAAUGACCUUUGAAAUGAGUUCCUCUUUCUGUUGGGAAUGAAGCAAAGGAAUGAGGGAUAUUGACUCUCCAACUAAGAUUCUGCUUUUUUAUCCCCCUAAGAAGUUUCUGGCUUUGGAGUGAUAUGAAUGCUCAGCUUUCUCUUAGGCUUCUAAGAGAUGUGAUUAUAAAUGCUUCUAUCCAUGGAAUAGGUCAUAUCAAGGCAAAGAAAAUACCUUUAAAUUAUCCUAUAAGAACUGGGCUCAGAUAUGUGUGUCAUGCUGGAUUGUCAGCCUUGGUCCAGCAUGAAAUGUGAUCUGGAACCAAGACUUGGAGAGAGAUAGCUGAGAAUUGAGAUAUCCUGAUGUACUUAUAAAAUUCUUUAAUUUCUUGUGGAUGAAAGUUGGUCUAAAGGGUGCAGUCACCAUGGACAAACAGAUCCAGCCCUUCUAUUAACAAAUAUCUGAGGUAACUAGUGACAAUGGAUGGAGUACUGGCCCUGGAGUUCUGAGAACCUGAGUUCAAAGCCGAUCUUAGACACUAGCUGUGUUACUCUGGGCAAUUACCUAACCAUGAUUGCCUCAAAAAAAAAAAAAAAAUCCAUGAAACUCUUAAUUUUUAAGCAAUACCUAAUCUCCUAGACAUAACACACAUUCUCAUUCUGUCUUCCUGUAUCCCCACCCCCUGCCACACACACACACACACACACAGUAUAUGAGUUGGACAUAAUCCCUACUUUAGUGUACAAGUUCACCUAAACUUGCCACCUUUAGGGAAAAAAAAUGUUGAGUCCCAGGUCAGGGGGAAGUCAUCCUGCUUUUUCAACUUUAGAAUAAUGGGUUCUUAAAGAUUAAAUUUGUAAUAUAACAUCAACAGACACUAUCACAUGGAACUACUUGGUGGGUUUUCUCAAUAUUUUAUUAAAUGCUUUUAAGUUUUAAAUGAAACUGCUUUUGAUUUAUUUGAAAUUGGAAAACCGGUUAGGAGAUUUUUUCAAUAGUGUAGGCAAGAGAAGGUGAGAGUCUGAAUUAGAGUAGUUCAUGGUUAUGUGAGUGGAGAGAAGGGAACAGAUGCCAGAACUGUAAAUACAGGUCAAUAACACUUGGCAACAGAAGGUGUGAGGGAAAGGAUUCCAAGAUUCUAAGCCUGAGUGUUUGGAAGGAUGAUAGUACCCUCACGUAUAUAGGAAAGUGUAGAACAGAAGCAGGUUUGUACAUGUCCUAUAACUAAGGAUAAGAGUUUUCUUUCUCAUGUUUGCAUAAGACUCAGAACUUCUUCUUGUGUCGAUAAAAUGGAAAUAAUGAUUUUUCUUAUAAGCAAAGUCUAAGAGAAAAUUAGAAAAACAAAGUUCUUAGAAAGACAUCUUUGGAGGAAAAGGGGAAUCUGGCUCUAAAGAGAAAUUCCCCAGUAUGCAAAUUCUCUCUUCUGAUGACCUUCAGCAGCUAAUUUAUAUAACUUUUAGUUUGUUUUUUAGGGAGUUGUGUUGCUGAAAUGGGUAGAGGUUAGGCAUACAGGGAGAAAUGUUGCUGAGAGAUCAGAUGAUUAGCCCAUGAUCACACAGUAGAAAGAAGCCAGAAAUAAGAGCAACAGCACCUUUGUUCUUUCAAGCCCACUAUGACAUAGUGUCAUAGAAUUACAGGAACCUAAUCCCCUCAUCUCAUUGAUAAGGAAAUAGGAGCCCAAAUAUAUUAGGUGACUUGGCAAGGUCAUGUGGAUGAUAACAGAUCCUCUCUCUUUGGCAGAGAAAAAUAGUACUGAAAUAUGACUUAGCUACCCUGUUGAUCAUCAUCCUUCUCAGUGCAAUCUCUGCUUUGAUAAUCAAUCCUCUUUUCUUUAACAUAGCAUUUUUAAAAAUUCCACCCCUUCCUUAGAUUUCCUUGUCAGCCUCAGCUCUUUUUGAGAAUUAGCACUCUUGACACUAUAUACUAGGGCCACAUCACACAUUUGUAUUCAUCCUUUUUUCUCAUGUUUUUUUUUUUUUUAUUUGAAAUAAUCAUCCCCUCCAAAUAAAGAACCCAUCCCACCUUUCUUUCAAAAAUAAUCAAAACCGUCUAAAAAGUUAUUGGACUGAUAGCACAUGAAACCUUCUACUAAGGAAGAAAGUUUAUUUAAACAUCAACCAUUCAGAACCGACCUUGUCCCCUGUAUUUUAUCUAAAUUCUGUUAUCUUCAAAUGUUGAUUUUAUUUAUUUUGUUGUAGCUAUGUUAUUUUUUCUUUAGUUCUGCUUUCUUCAUUCUCUGUAAGUUUGCACAAAAUUUUCCAUGUUUCUCUGAAUUCAUGCUCAUCAUUUCCUACAAUGAAAUGAUUAUGCCUUUUAUUUAUAUACCACAUUUAGUUCAACUGUUUCUAGCUUUUUCUCACUACAUAUAAUACUGUCAUGAAUGUUUUGGUACAUGUGGGACCUUUAUUUCUGUCAUUGAUUUUCUAGACAUAUAAACUCAGUAGUAGAAUUGUUAAAGAAUAUGAGUAGUUUGGUAAUGUUUUGUGCAUUAUUUUAAAUCAUUUUCUGGAAUGUUUGGUUCACAUUACAGCUCCAUCAAUUUAUUAUUGUGCCUGUUUUCCCAAAGCAUCUCCUCCAUUAACAAUAUGCCCACUUCUCAUCACCUUCACUAAAUUUUUCAUAUAGUUAUUGAUAGUUUCCAUUUCUUUUUUAAAACCUUAUUCAUAUCAUUUUACCAUUUAUCUGUCUAUUAACACAGUAUGGCAGUUCAAAUGCUCUCUCUGAUGCUUUCUACCUAUGUGACCUUGGAUAAUCAAUCAAUAAUGAAUAAGUAUUUAUUAAGCAUCUGUUAUGUGCUAGGCACAAUGAGCAAAACAAUUUCUAUUUAUAAAGAGCUUAUAUUCUAAAGGAGAAGAAAGUAUACAAGUACACAGAAGAGUAAGGAACCUGGGAGUCUUAGGAUAUACCUACAAUUGGGGGUAUAUGAUGUGGAUGAUGAGCUAACCUUAAAGGAGACUGAAGAAAAAAGUUACAUAGGAAAAUGAGAGAGCAGUAAUAUGAAAGACCAGAAGAGAAAAGAACAUCUAAGAGGGAAAGAGCAGUCAAUCCCUAUAAAAUAUCUAGUUCAAGACAUCCAAGAGGCAGUUUGGGGCAGGGAAAGUAACUGUAGCUAAAUAGAGCUUAAUAAAGAUCUGAAAGUCAUCUUCAUAGAGAUGAUAAUUGAAACUAUGGUAGCUGAAAAGAUCACCAGGUGAGAUAAUAUAAAUGAAAAGAGAAGGGAAAUAAAUAAUUAGGACAGAAUCUUGGACUAAUCACCCAGGGUUAGUGGACAUGAGACCGAUGAAGAGUCAGCAAAGCAAUAUGAGUAAAGGACAGAGAGAAGCAGCAGCAAGAGAAAGCGAAUUCAGGAAAUGCUGAAGAGGAGGAAAUAUCCAAAAGAAGAAGGUCAUUGAGAGUGUCAGAUGUUAAAGAAGUCAAAGAUCCAGAUUGAGAAAAGGCUAUGAGAUUUGCCAAUUAAUAUACCAUUAAUAACUUUGAAGAUGCUGAUUCCAGUUGAUUUACAAAGUCAAUAGCCAGAUUACAGUAGAUUAAAAAAAAAAAAAAAGAAUAGAAGAGGAAAUGGAACCAUUUAUUGGAGAUAAUUUUUAGAAGAAUUCAGCUUCAUAGGGAAGAAGAAAGGUUAAAAACAAUAGUAAGUAUGAUUAGAUCAAGUAAAGUUUCAAGUAAAGUUUUUUGUUAGUUUGUUUUUAAGGAUGGGGAAACCUAAUCAUUUUCUAGGCAUCUUUCUCUGAGACAUGAGUGAAGGGAGCAGAGGAAAAUAUCUGAGGAGGAAGAGGAAAGAAGAAGCUCUCAAAAAAUAGUCUCAAUUUUUUUUUUCGGUGAAGCAUGAAGUGAGGUCCUCAGCUGAGAGAAUAGAUCAUUAUGGGAGGUAGAGAGAAAUAGUUGGUAAUUUCCCACAGGUCUGUUCAGCACUUUAAAAAUAGAAGUAAAGAUACAGGUAGUAGAUUAAUCCUAAAUUGGUAUGUAGCAAGGUAUUAGUGAUAGGAUAUAUGGAAAGCAAGCUUAUCAGGGGUGCAAGAUAUUAUUAAAACUGACUUGACCAAGGGGUCAAGAUAGGGAAAGGAGAAUAACGUGGCCAGUGAAGACAUGAUAGCCUGGGAAUCAAAUAAGGAGUGGAAGGGAGGGAGGUCACAAUGAGAAGAAAUAAUGUUUUAGGGAUUCCCCCUCUAAUCAAACAAAUGACUCAAUCAUAUAAAUUCAUGUCACUUUCCUAUAGAUUUUGGAUGUCAGAAUUUCGUCAGAAAUGCAAAAAUAUUUUUCCUAAUCCAACCUUUUCUUUCUAUUCUAGAGAAUUGUUUGUAAUAAACAAAAAACAAAAAACUUUCUAAUUUUGUGUAAUUGAAAUUUUCUACUUUGUCUUUUAUAAAUGUUCCUUAUUCUCUGUCUAGUUAUGAAUUUUCUCCCUAAUCAUAGUUGUAAAAGAUAUAAUCUUCCAUUCUUUAAUUUCUUUUAUACUAUGACCUUUUAUAUUUAAAUCAUUUAUCUGUUUGGAAUUUAUUGUGGUAUAGAGUUUAAAAUGUUGGACUAAACCUAUUUUCCAUUUUCCCAGAAGUUUUUUUGUCAAAUAAAGAGUCCCUUCUUG